GAUCGAUAUAAGUUGGAUCGAUCACCCGGUCCGGUCCACACGGCAAAUUCGACUCACGAGUCGCAACUCGCUAGACUUACCGGCCACUCUCUCCACCUCGAGAGAGAUCCAUACGAACUUUUCCAUUCUCUCUUCAAGUGUGAAUCAACAGUACUCGAUCCAUCUGUGAGUUUGGAUGGCGAAGAACUUCGUGAGAGAGAAUGUUCCACUCUCCAGAUUUGGUGUAUUGGUAGCGCAGUUGGAGUCUAUUGUUGCUUCGGCAGUUCACAAGUCCCCUGAUUCCCUUCUUUGCUUCGACCUUCUCUCCGAUCUCGUCUCAGCCAUCAACGAAGAACCUAAGGAAUCUAUACUUUUGUGGCAAAGGAAAUGCGAGGAUGCACUUUACUCAUUGCUUGUGCUUGGGGCCAGACGUCCUGUUCGUCAUUUGACAUCAAUGGCAAUGUCAAUGAUUAUAAGGAAAGGAGAUGGAAUUUCCAUAUACUCAAGAGCAAGCAGCCUUCAAGGAUUCCUUUCUGAUGGGAAGAAAAAUGAUGCAUCACGUGUUGCUGGUGCUGCACAAUGCUUGGGAGAAUUAUAUCACCACUUUGGUAGAAGAAUUACUUCUGGUCUAUUGGAGACAACCAAUAUUGUCGGAAAAUUGAUGAAGUUUAAUGAGGACUUUGUUAGAGAAGCGGCUCUGCAGUUGCUUCAAAAUGCUUUGGAAGGCUCAUGUGGUAAUGCUCCCGCGCCAGCAUAUGCAGAGGCCUUUCGAAUCAUAACCCGUUUAGGUGUUGGGGACAAAUCAUUCAUUGUAAGAAUAGCUGCUGCAAGAUGUCUGAAGGCAUUUGCAAAUAUUGGAGGGCCAGGGUUAGGUGUUGGAGAGCUUGAUAGUUCUGCUUCAUAUUGUGUUAAGGCCUUUGAGGAUCCUGUCUCUUCUGUCAGGGAUGCCUAUGCCGAAGCUUUGGGUGCUAUACUAGCUAUUGGGAUGAAUCCUGAUGCACAGGUGCAACCAAGGGGAAAGAGUCAAUUUACUCCGAAAAAGCUAGACGGCUGCUUACAGAAGCAUUUGGUUCUUCCAUUUACAAAAGCCAGUGGGCCUCGGUGGAAAGAUAUUCGAAUCAGCUUAACCUUGUCAUGGGUGUCGUUCCUGCAGGCCAUGCGUCUGAAAUAUCACCACCCAGAUAUUGAGCUCCAAGACUUUGCUCAGCAGGUCAUGGAUAUGCUUCGGGUGGACGGCCCCAUUGAUGCGCAAGCAUUGGCAUGCGUUGUGUAUAUUUUGCGGGUUGGUGUCAUUGAUCAAAUGAUGGAACCAACUCAAAGGAGCUCCCUUGUUUAUAUAGCGAAGCAGCUUAAAUCACCUGAUACCAUACCUGCAAUGAAAGUUGCUGUUCUAUGUAUACUGUCUUAUUCCCUGAAAAGCCUUGGAGAGGUGCCACUUGAAUUCAAGGAAGUUCUUGAUGAUACAGUUAUAGCGGCCUUAUCCCAUCAUUUGCCCCUUGUACGGAUUGAAGCUGCUCUAACUCUGCGAUCUCUGGCUGAGGUUGACCCCACUUGUGUUGGGGGUUUAUUAUCAUAUGCGACCACCACCCUAAAUGCAUUGAGAGAUAAUGUUUCAUAUGGGAAGGGAAGCAAUCUAGUGUUAGAGCUGAAUUCUUUGCACGGGCAGGCCGCUGUUCUGGCUGCACUGGUGGCAAUUUCACCAAAGUUGCCCCUUGGUUACCCAGCUAGGUUGCCCAAAUCAAUCCUGGAAGUUUGUAAGAAAAUGUUGACCGAAUCUAGUCGGAACCCAGUGGCUGCUGCUACUGAGAAAGAAGCUGGAUGGUUACUUUUGGCAUCAUUGUUGGCUUCUAUGCCAAAAGUGGAACUCGAAGAUCAGGUUUUUGAUAUUCUUUCUCUGUGGGCAUUUGUGUUUAGUGAAAGUCCGGAUCACCAACUUAAACAAACAGAGGAUCAAAUCGCAACAAUAAGUGUGUGGUCAGCUGCAGUUGAUGCACUUACAACAUUUAUAAGAUGCUUUGUCUCUCCGAAUGCUUUGAACAGGGGAAUCUUAUUGCAACCGGUGUUAUUUUACCUUAGUCGUGCAUUAUCCUAUGUGUCACUGGUGUUAGCCAAAGACCAACUUAAGCUAAAGCCUGCAGUGGACGUGUACAUCAUCAAAACAUUGAUAGCUUACGAGGCCUUGUCUGAUCCGACAUCAUAUAGGGCCGAACAUCCUCAGAUUAUUCAGAUAUGUACGACUCCAUUCAGGGAUGCCGCUGGAUGUGAGGAAAGCUCUUGCUUGAGGAUGUUGUUAGACAAAAGAGAUGCUUGGUUAGGUCCUUUGGUUCCUGGAAGUGAUUGGCUUGAAGAUGAACUUCGUGCAUUUCAAGGUGGAAAGGAUGGUGUUUUACCAUGUGUCUGGGAGGAUGAGCUUCCUUUUCCUCAGCCAGAGACAAUAGGCAAGAUGUUGGUGAACCAAAUGCUUUUAUGCUUCGGGAUUAUGUUUGCAGCACAGGACAGCGGGGGCAUGUUGUCACUUCUUGGCAUGAUGGAACAAUGUCUGAAGGCAGGAAAAAGACAAGUUUGGCGUGUUGCCAGUAUUACUAAUAUAUGCGCUGGAUUACUUGCUGGGUUGAAGGCUUCACUUGCUUUACGGCCUCAGCCAUUAGGAUUGGAGAUAUUAAAUCUGGCACAAUCCAUCUUUCUGGGUAUUCUGGCAGAAGGAGAUAUUUGUGCAUCACAGCGUAGAGCAUCGUCAGAAGGUCUUGGCCUAUUAACACGUCUUGGAAAUGAUGGAUUCACAGCCAGGCUGACAAGAUUGCUACUUGGGGACCUAGCCGGAGCAACAGAUUCAUGCUAUGUUGGAUCCAUUGUUUUUGCGCUAGGCUGUAUCCAUCGCAGUGCAGGAGGCAUGGCAUUGUCAAGCUUAGUGCCUGUAACAGUGAACUCUAUCUCUUCAUUGGCUAAGAGCUCAAUCACUGGUUUGCAACUCUGGUCUUUGCAUGGCCUGGUAUUGACUAUCGAAGCUGCUGGCUUAUCCUACAUUUCGAAUGUGCAGGCAACACUAGGUCUUGCUCUGGACAUUCUCCUGUCCGAUGAGAAUGGGCAGGUUGACCUUCAGCAAGGUAUAGGCCGACUUAUCAAUGCAAUUGUUGCUGUGAUUGGCCCCGAGCUUGCUCCUGGAAGCAUUUUUUUCUCUCGUUGCAAGUCUGUUGUUGCAGAGAUAAGCAGCCAUCAACAAACGUCUAAACUUCUAGAGAGUAUACGGUUCACUCAACAACUUGUACUAUUUGCUCCUCAAGCUGUUACAGUGCACUCUCAUGUGCAAGCUCUUCUCCCAACUCUAUCAUCAAGACAGCCAACAUUGAGGCAUAUAGCUGUAUCUACUCUAAGGCAUCUCAUAGAGAAAGAUCCUGAUUCGAUCAUUGGUGAACAAAUAGAGGACUUAUUGUUUCAUAUGCUGGAUGAAGAAACUGAUUCCGAGAUUGGGAAUUUGGUUCGUAGCAUAAUCAUCCGCUUGCUUUAUGCGUCGUGCCCAUCACGUCCUUCACAUUGGUUGUCUCUCUGCCGUUCUGUGGUUCUUGCAACAUCAAUGGGAAGAGAUUCCACAACAAAUGGUAAUUCUGAACAUGAUAAUUUAAAUAGUCUGGAUGGAGAGCCCACACCAAGUAUUGAACAGGAUGAUGAAAGUAUGGUUUCCCACUCAAAAGGCCAACACAUGCAUGGUGGUCCAAUUGAUUUGUCAAGCAUUAAGAGUAGAAGAGAUAAACACUUAAGAUACAGAACCAGGAUUUUUGCUGCCGAGUGUUUGAGUCAACUACCUGCUGCUGUAGGUAAUAAUCUUGCUCAUUUUGAUCUCUCUUUGGCGAGGAAAUAUUCUGGUGACUGGCUGGUCCUUCAGGUGCAAGAGCUCAUAUCACUUGCCUAUCAGAUGAGCACCAUACAGCUUGAGAACAUGCGACCUAUUGGUGUUGGGCUGCUAAAUACCAUUGUUGAUAAGUUUGAGAUGACGCCAGAUCCUGAGCUUCCUGGACGCUUUUUAAUAGAACAAUAUCAGGCUCAACUAAUAUCUGCAGUCCGUACUGCACUAGAUGAGUCCUCAGGUCCAAGUCUUCUGGAAGCAGGGUUACAACUUGCUACAAAGAUUUUGACCAGCGGUUUAAUUAGCGGAGAUCAGGCUGCAGUUAGGCGCAUUUUUUCUUUGAUUUCACGACCAUUAAGCAAUUUUGAGGACCUUUACUAUCCUUCAUUUGCAGAAUGGGUGUCAUGCAGGAUUAAAGUGAGGCUUUUAACUGCGCAUGCCUCUCUCAAAUGUUAUACUUGCACAUUAUCAAGGAAUGCAUAUAAUGGGGUGCAAGAUGAUUAUCGAGCUCAACUGUCUUUAUUUUCUGAAAGUUCAAAAAUACUGGGAAAGUACUGGAUCUCAAUUUUAAGGGAUUACAGCUAUGUCUGCUUUGGUUUGCAUCUUAAGCAAAAAUGGAAACCAUUCCUUGAAGGAAUUCAAUCCCCUCUGGUCUUUGGAAAGCUGCAGCCUUGUCUAGAAGAAGCUUGGCCAGUGAUGUUACAAGCAGUUGCACUAGAUGCUAUUCCUGUGCAAUGUGAUAAGAGUGCACCUUUUCAGACUACUGAUAAUUUAUCUGAAAAUACUUACAUCUCUGGCUACAGCAUGGUUGAACUUACUUGUGAUGAAUUUCAGUUUCUCUGGGGCUUUUCUCUACUCCUUCUAUUUCAGGGGAGAGAUCAAGCUUUGACCAAACAUUUAGUACCACUUGGACCUGCCAAAGCUAAACUCAGUGGCAAACUUCCUGUGGAAGAUUAUCCUCCAACUUCCCACUUAUAUGACAUUGUAUUGCCAGUUUUCCAGUUCCUCUCUUCAGAAUGCUUUUUCAGUUCAGAGAAUUUAAGUAUGGAUGCUUGUAGAGAGUUGCUUCAGAUUUUCACAUAUUCUAUUUGUCUGGAAGAUUCGUGGGACAGUCUUGCAAUCUCCAUUUUAUCACAGAUUGUGCAGAACUGCCCUAAACAUUUCCUCAAGACAGAAAGUUUUGCAUCUCUAGUCACGGAGCUUUGUUUGGGUUACUUGUUUAAGUCUUUCAAGAGGCUUGGGGGAUCUUCUUCCAAUAAUUCCAACUGGGAUGAUAUUGUUUCUGCUUCUUUUACUACUUCAAAAGCACUUUUAAAGCGCUUGGAACCCGAGUUGCCAUUGAAGUCUAUGAUGGCAUUUUUCACUAUUGGUUAUCAAUAUGCACAAGGCAUUUCUACAGAGCAAAGCUUGUCACAAGCCAUUGAAUUUGUCCGCAAUAUAAGUUCAUUAUUAAAGAAGCAUCUUUCUGAUAAAUCUAAUAAGCUAGGUGAGGAUGAUAUAUGCUGCUUGAGAACAAUGAUUGGAGCUUGUUUAAAUGCAAUUGCAAGUUUGACAAAGGACUUCAUUGAGCAAACUCAUAUGUUGGAGAAGAGCAACACUUUAUCAUCCAAGCUGCUGCAAUCAAGACUUGCUUUUUUCCUCGAACAAAGUAUAGUACUAUCUAAGAUUUCAUUUGAACUUGAAUGUCCUAAGGAAACCCAAGAAAACAAUCCAAUGUUAUUUGCUUUCUUCCGACUUGGGACCAAAUGUAUCCAGACAGCUCUUAGCAAUACAAACAUGCAGGUUCAAGUAAUUGCCUUACAAGUUCUAAAGAGCAUGGUACAGAGAACUACUGACACUGAAGAUAGCUCUUUCACAUUAUUCUUCUAUAGUGAACUUCUAAGAGAUAUAUUCAAUUUGAUCCAAAGGCUGUUGAGGAAGCCCAUUAACAGACAAGCUGCAGCUAUUGUCAGUGAGUGCGUUCGUGUUCUAAUGCUACUGCAAACUCUUGAAAAAGACCAGAAAUUUCAGAAAGCUCUUAUGCAUAUUCUCUUGGAAGCUGUUCUCAUGAUCUUCUUUGCUUCAGAGGAUGGUAUUUCUCAGGAAGCUAAUGACUUAAGAAGUAUGGCAAUGAAGCUCGUUUCUCAACUUGCUCAAAUUCCAGCUUCUGCAGUCCACAUUAAAGAUGUGUUGUUGAUGAUGCCAGUGGAACACAGACAACAACUUCAGGAUAUCAUUCGAGCUUCUGUUAUGGAUGAUCAGAAUGCAACUCAGGCCAAAACAGUUGCACCACUAGUCAUAAAGCUUCCUGCAAUUACCAUGGAAACUAAACCAAAAGGUUACUCAAUUCCAUCUGUAGUAGAAAACACUGACAAGAAUACCAUAGAAUCAGAAGAGGAAGAGGAGGAAGACGAUGAUUGGGAUGCUUUCCAGUCUAUUCCUGCCUCAGCAAAAGCAAAUGAAUCAGAUUCAAAUGCCAAAAUGAUUUCUGUUGAUUCUGACAAUGAUCUUCAAGAACAUUUUGGACCCUUAUCUUCCGAUAAUGUAACAGACAGUGAUGCAAAGAAAAAUGCCAUUGACAUUCAAAUGGUAUCUGUUAUAGGAGAUAGUCAAAAUCAGAAGGAAGAGCUGCAUGGUUCAGACACAAAUGAUAUCAACAGUAAGCCGGAUGACCAAAAUGCUGACAUCACAAUAAACCAUAUUGAGGAGGACGACUUACCAUAUCUCGAUUCUCCUAAAUCUCAAGAAAAUAUUACUGAGUCAUCUGAUAAUCAUCAGGAUGUGGAAACAAAUACACAACUCAACCAAUCUGACGAUCUAAUUCAUACCAAUAGUCAGAGUGUUGAAUUUUCAGACCAGAUUGGACCUGAUAGUUCACUCAGCCAAUCUGACGAUCUAGUUCAUACCAAUCGUCAGAAUGUUGAAUUGUCAGACCAGAUUGGACCUGAUAGUUCAGAAAAUGAAAAGAGAGAGAGCGAAGAGGGAUCCUGUGAAAAAGAAAAUGGUCUUGCUGUUUUUCAUCAUCUUUCUGCUGAUGACACAGAAAACUUGGUCCAUAAUCAGAUUUUGGAGGAUAAACAGCCUAGAGAACUUUCUUUAAGCCUCUCCGAAGAAUCAGGUGAUGGUAAUAAUACAGAUCCAGAUGAAGGAAGUGACGAAGAAUCUGGAAUUACAUCGAGUGCUACUAAUAAGACAGAUAAACACCCUGUAGAACUUUCUUUAAACCUCUCGGAUGAAACAGGUGAUGUUAAGAACACAGAUCCAGAAGAAGGAAGUGACGAAGAAUCUGGAAAUAAAUCUAGUGCUACUAAUGAGACAGAUAAACACCCUGAAGAACUUUCUUUAAACCUCUCGGAUGAAACAGGUGAUGUUAAGAACACAGAUCCAGAUGAAGGAAUUGAAGAAGAAUCUGGAAAUAAAUCUAGUGCUACUAAUGAGACUGAUAAACACCCUGAAGAACUUUCUUUAAACCUCUCGGAUGAAACAGGUGAUGUUAAAAACACAGAUCCAGAUGGAGGAAGUGACUUAGAAUCUGGAAUUAAAUCGAGUGCUACUAAUAAGACAGAUAAACACCUUGAAGAACUUUCUUUAAACCUCUCGAAUGAAACAGGUGAUGGUAAGAACACAGAUCCUGAUGAAGGAACUGACGAGAAAUCUGGAAAUAAAUCGAGUCCUAUUAGCAACUAGUUUGUUUUGUUGUUGCGGUUUCUUCUUACAUUAUUGGAAUCUUAGCAGUUGAAUUUAGCCUUUGCAAUAUUCUCUGCAUUUUCUAUCUGUGCCCCUGUUGGAGUUCUCUCUCUGUUUAUGGUUAUUGCAAGGGAUUCAUUGAUUGUUUGAUUGGUGUUAUGAGGAAUUGCAGUCAGAAGUGAACAUGUUAAAAUGAUUUUAAAAGUUAAGGGAGUAAAUUCAGAAUUA